AAAGGAGAGGAAAAUCCGCUAAAAGCCGGCAAACACAUUUAUUAAAAGAGGCUUUUGAUUUUGAUUUAGUUUGUGUAUGGUUUAUACUGUUGAAUCACAUAAUACUCUAUUAUAAUGUCCUCGGCAGUGGUAUCCACACACUAUAUAUCCGAGAAGGUGGCCCGCGUGCGCUGGCUGCCGGAAGCGCUGCACCAGAGCGAGCGGUUCGUGACCGGCAGCUGGGACAUGGACAGGAACUUCGUCCGGGUUUGGAAACUACAGUCGAACCAGCAUAUCAGCGCCACGGGCACUGAUGAUGUUGACCAGAUACCGCGCUGCAUGGACAAGGUGCAGAUGGAGGAUGAUGUUACCGCCAUGGAGUUCGUGGACAACUCCACGCUGGCUGUGAGCUGUGCAGAUGGUCAUCUCAGUUUGAUGAACGUGCAGCGAGCGGUUGAAGAAGAUCAGGUGCAGCGCGUAGCUCGAAGUGGCGAGCUACACUGCUUCCAGCGCAGCCAGGAGCCAGCUCCCUGCACUGACCUUGCCGUCUACGGCACUGACAUCGCUACCUCAGGCGAGGAUGGAUGCGUAAACAUUGUCUCAUCUGAAAAUAUUCGUCUGGUGAAGCGCACCAUAGAGGCGGACAGCAUGGCAUUGUUUUCGUUGUGUUACGUUAGCCAGCAGGAGCUGGUGGCCGCUAACCGCAUGGGAGUACUACGAAUGCUGGAUGCCCGUGUAGCCACAGAGGCGCAACCCAAAAUCGGCAUCAUGCUGCCCUGCCGAGAUGACAAGUCCUCGAACUUUGUGUCAUCGCUCACCACACAUCCCAGUCAGAAGCACAUACUGCUGUGCGGCAGUGAAGAGGGUACCAUUACAGUGUGGGACUUGCGAAACCUUGAAUACCCAGCCUCCUAUAUCAGUGCCCACGACAGUCCCAUCAAUGAAAUUGGCUUUCAUCGCCAGGAUACCACUAAGCUAUUUACUGCUUCGGAAACUGGAGAGGUGUGGAUGUGGUCUGAAAACAGAGGUUACGGAGGCGAUGCUAGCCGAAAAGAUGGAAACAGCCCCUGGUUGAGCGGUGAUCGGGUUCGGGCAUUAAUCAAUGUGGACGGCGUCAUCACCGGCACUCGCAAGGCUAUGAAUUCCUUUGAUGUGCACGGAAGCCGUCUGGUUUGCGGUGGAGAUACUGAAGCCGUUUACAUCAUCGAUAACAUUGCCUGAAAGAAAUAAGCUGUGUAAAUUAUUUUCCUACAAUAUAUUAGAGCUGGCCGUAAGUUA